AUUUUGUUGAAUUUUUUAAGUUACGUUUAAAAAAUUAAAUUUUCUAAUUUUCAAAAUUUGCUCAAACAACGAUGAUCAUAAGUAAUCGUAAUUAUAAAGCUGGUAAUAUUAUCAGUAGUAAUCUACCAUUUGUACAUGUAUUGAAUGAAAAUUCAAAAGGAGAUUAUUGUGAUUAUUGUUUUGUUAAAUUAAUCAAAAAUAGCAAACAACAAAAAUGUGAUCAAUGUAAACAAAUGUUCUAUUGUCAAAUCGAAUGUAAACAAAAAGAUUCGAUUAAACAUGAAUUAGAAUGUCAAAUAUAUCGAAAAUAUUUCCAUAUUAUUCAGCCGGAAUUUUGUCGAUUUUUAUUACGUUUAUAUUUAUAUGCUAAACAUUAUCCGGAUUCAUUAUCCAAUGAACAAUAUAAAUUUGGUCAUCAUAAUAAUACAAAUAAUAAUCGUUGUUUUAAUGAUCUAAUUACACAUCGUCAAGAAAUUGAAAAUGAUCAAAAUCCAAUGGAAAUUUUUCAAACAAUUUGUUCAAAAUUCAAAUCAAUCCAAAUUGAAUUUGAUCGGGAAAAUUUAUUGGAAUUUUUCUGUAAAAUUCGUAUCAAUUGUUUUCCGAUAUUUGAUUGUCCUGUAAACAAAAUUGGUUCCGGUAUUUAUUUGGCUGAAUCCAAAUUGAAUCAUUCAUGUCUGCCGAAUGCUAUUAUUAUAUAUGAUGGUUAUCGAAUUGUAAUCGAAGCACUUGAAUCAAUUAAAUCGGGUGAUGAAAUUUCAAUCAGUUAUUUGGAUUUAAAAUAUCCAAAAAAUAUUCGUCAAAAAGAACUUUUUUGUUAUUAUUAUUUUGUUUGUAAAUGUCAACGUUGUGAAAAAAGUGAUUCAAUUAAUUGUGAUAAACUUUAUCGUUUAUUACAAAAAUUUAAACAAUUAUUUGAUGAAAAUAAUUGGAUCGAAUCAUAUGAAUUAGGUUUGAAAAUAUUUUAUAUGUUAAAACGUAUUUAUCGUAGUGAUCUACAUCCUGAAUUGAUAAUGUUUACAACAAUGAUGUUAAAAAUUCGUGUAGAAUUAUUAUCAUCAAAAACAAAUGAUGAACAUAUUAAUCAAAUUUUGGAACGAAAUAUUGAAACCAAUCAAUUAAUGUAUUCGAUUGCUGCUUAUUUUCAUCAUCAUUCAUCCGAUUUAAUGAAAAAACAUUUAAAACCAAUUCGUAGUGAUAUAUUUUAUUUUGCAACAUCAUAUUGAUCAUCAACAUUAACAUUCAACAUUCAUCAACAACAAUG